AUGGCUUCUCUUGGUGAAGAUUUGCUCGGUGUAGUCAACAGGCUGCAAGAUCUUGUAUUUAUCUCUCUCUCUCUCCUCCGCGGGGUCGUAGUCGGUUCCCAAUCCAGUGGCAAAUCCUCGGUCCUUGAGAACAUAGUUGGCAGAGACUUCCUUCCCCGUGGGUCGGGUAUCGUUACUCGUCGCCCAUUGAUCCUCCAGCUCAUCAACAUACCGACGGAGGAUGGGUCCAACAGCGUCGAGCCCCACAGCCCAGAAGCUGUUGCCGAGCACCCAGAGUUUGGAGAGUUCUUGCAUCAGCCUGGGCGCAGAUACUACGACUUUCACGAGAUUCGGAGGGAGAUCGAGGCGGAGACGGCGAGAAUCGCGGGUAACAACAAGGGCAUCAACAGGACUCCGAUUAACUUGAAGAUCUACUCUCCCCAUGUGCUGAGUUUGACUUUGGUGGAUUUGCCGGGUUUGACAAAGGUGCCAAUCGGGGACCAGCCAACGGAUAUUGAGAAGCAGACGAAGAACCUUAUUUGCGAAUACAUUGCUAAACCCAACAGUAUCGUCCUCGCUGUCUCUCCUGCCAAUGUCGACUUGGUCAACUCUGAAGCUCUCAAGCUUGCCCGCCAAGUCGACCCACAAGGGAAGAGGACCAUUGGUGUGUUGACCAAGCUGGAUCUUAUGGACCACGGCACCAACGCCCUUGAGAUUCUUUCCGGAAGGGUUUACCCUUUGAAGCUUGGAUUCAUUGGUGUUGUGAAUAGGUCCCAGCAAGACAUUCAAGGAAACAAGUCCCUCGCAGAUGCCCUCAAUGCUGAGCGAGAAUUUUUCAAGCUCCACCCGGCAUACCGAAACAUGUCGCACCGAUGCGGUACCCAGUUUUUGGCAAAGAGCUUGAACUCUACUCUGAUGGCGCACAUCCGGGACCGCCUACCGGAUAUCAAGGCCCGGUUAAAUACACUCAUGGGCCAGACACAGCAGGAGCUCGCGUCAUAUGGCGAUAUGACUUUCAGCGGAAAGGAGCACCGGGGUUCCCUUAUUCUCCAACUUAUGACCCGUUUCGCCAGCUCUUUCAUCUCUUCCAUUGACGGAACCUCCUCUGAGAUCUCUACAAAAGACCUUUGCGGUGGUGCAAGGAUAUACUACAUUUUCAACAGCGUUUUUGGUAACUCUCUUGAGCUUAUAGACCCCACUACAAAUCUUUCGGUCCUCGAUAUCCGAACCGCCAUUAGAAACUCUACAGGUCCCAGGCCAAGUCUUUUUGUGCCCGAGCUCGCUUUCGACCUACUCGUAAAACCUCAAAUCAGGCUCCUGGAGAUUCCAUCUCACCGAUGCGUGGAGCUUGUAUACGAGGAGCUAAUCAAGAUCGCUCACACUUGUGGAAGCCAGGAACUUCUGCGAUAUCCAAGACUGCAGGCAAAGCUGAUUGAGACUGUCAGCGACUUGUUGAGAGAGCGAUUAGGGCCCACUUCUACUUAUGUCGAGAGCUUGAUUGCGAUCCAGCGAGCAUACAUCAACACAAACCAUCCCAACUUCCUUGGAGCUGCUGCGGCGAUGUCCUCAGUGAUCUCAAACAAACAGGAGAAGGAGAGGAAAGCUCAAGCUUUGGAGAGAAGAAAGGAGCGUCCUGCCAACGCACGCAGGUCAAACCUGGCAUCAGAUGGCCAGCCAAUUACAAAUGGCACUGACACACCUGAACCGGAGGAGAGUGUAGGCCCUAACAGCACCAGUGAACUUGUCAGGCAUUUCCGUGCCAACUCUAGGUCCAUGUCUCCAGCUCCAGGUCACCACCUUCAAGCUUCGGCCGUCAGCGGAGCCAUAAACGGAAGGCCAAACAGCCCGCAAGUCUUCACCUCACCAACACAGCAGCAAAACAAGGCAACUGACUCGUUCCUGAACUACUUCUUUGGGAAAGAAGGCGGAAUGCCAGCGUCCAGCGGAGCUACACCGAAAUCUGUUCCGGAACCCAGCUUCAGCCAGAGCGUCAGGCGCGGCCACGAGAGAAUUGAAAGGGAAAAGUAUAACGCGCAAGAUGUGCAGAGACUGUCGAGAGAUUUUGAUGACAACUCUCUGGAACCUGCUGGCCAGCAAUCGGAUGAGCCAGUUCUUACAGAGCGAGAACAGAUGGAGACUGAGCUGAUCCAAAGGCUGAUCUCAUCGUACUUUAACAUUGUUCGCGAGACUAUCCAGGACCAGGUCCCGAAGGCGGUCAUGCACUUCCUUGUUAACCACUCCAAGGAUGCCAUCCAGAACCGAUUGGUCACCGAACUGUACAAGGAGGACUACUUCAGCGAUCUACUGUACGAGGAUGAUGCCAUCAAGGCGGAGCGUGUCAAGUGCGAGAGGCUGCUGAAGACAUAUCGCGAGGCGGCGAAGAUUAUCUCGGAGGUUGGACUUUAG